AUGUCGUCUUCUUCCUCCUCCUCCUCCUCCUCCGCCGCCGCCGCCGCUGCCGCCAUGGAAACGCCGUGGCCCCUCACCCACACGCGCGCCCCCGACUCCGCCCCGCAGCCGAACAGAGGAUCGCCGUCCUCCCCCGCCACGCCCACCACCGCCGUCGCUCGGAAGGUCUCCAUGAUGCAGUAGGUGUCCCUCAUGGCCUUCUCCGCCUCCUCCCGCAGGUCCCCCACAGUGGCGUGGGGCGGCAGCACCAACACCUCCGGCGGGGGGAGGGGCCUCGUGAGGCGGCCUCCGGCGAGCUCCCCCUCGCUCGGCAUCCAUCCGCAGAGGAACCUCAGUCGGUCGUCCUCCUCGUCCCUCAGAUCCCAGGACUUGCCCCAGCGCUUGCAGUGGAGCGCCAUCUCCGCCGCCUCCGGCCUGAUCCCUAGCAGCACGUGCCUGUACACCCACGCGAUGUCCCUCUCCACCAGGUGCCGGGAGAAUUGCUCCGGCGGCGGCUCGAUCGGCGCGGGACUGGGAUCGGCCUCUCCUCGCUCGCUGGGGAGAUCCUCGAGGGAGAAUUCCAGCACUCUGGUGGCGGGAUUGUGGCUUCGGCGGACGACGCGGCCUCCGACGACGCAGUCGCCGAUGGACUUGAGGACGAAGUCGAGCAGCCCCGUGUCGCCGAUGGUCAGCCGGGCGGCGUCGCGCACCUCUUGGCGGGUCAUCCCCCCCGGACGCUGCUCCAAGGCGUCGACGAUGACCUGCGCCGCCACCUUCAGUCUCCUCACCGGCCACCGGCUGUCGAGGUCCUCCGCCACAGUGUCGAAAUCCCGGCUCCGCCGGCGCUUCUGAGGGGAUACCAGAGCCCUCCCUCUGGCGACCGCCGGAAGGAAGGGAAACAUGGGGAGGCUCUCCAAUGGCGGCGACGAGUUCCUGGCUUUCUUCUCCGGCCGCCCCGCCGAGGCGGCGGCGGCUGCGGCGGUCCUCCGGGACCGGAAGUCGAGGAGGAAGCGGAGGAGGUCACUGACUGAUUGAAGCCGUUGGGGCCCGCACGGCCUGGCCUUGGCGAUCCGACGGUAGCCAAGGACGAUGCGGUGGAGUCUGUCUCCCUCCCGUCCGAUUCUCUGGAAUUCUUCCAUCAAACGGUCCAGAUUGAGUGAUCCAAGGAGGUCCACCGAUCUCUGGUAGUCCUUCUGCGCCGUCCCGAAGCUGCCGGUUCGCAGCGUAUAGCCCCACCGGCCGAACCAGGUGGUGCCGUGGGCCACCCCCAGGAGCAGCCUGAGGUCCAUCGAUCUCCAUCGUGAUGAAUCCUCCACCGUUAUUUCCCUGUACCCCAAAAAUAUUUAUUUUACCGCCAAAUUUCUGAUUACUGAAAAUUAUCGAUUCCUCCUGUCUUUCUCAGGAAUUGCAGAGGAAUCGCAUCUGGUCCUGGUGGUUAGCGAAACGUUUGAAUAUGAUGGUGGGAAAGUGUAAGGAGGAAAGUUUUUAGGGUGCUAAAUGAAAAAUGGGAAUCGUACCGCACGCGGAGUGCGGUGCAGAGGCGGUCCCAGAGGUCCAUGACGUCGCGGCCGGCGACGAAGUGGGAGCCGCCGUCGCGGCCAUUGAGGCGGAGGAGGUGGCCGAAGCCGUUGCAGUGGACGAGGCCGUGGAGGAUGUGAGUCUGCUGCUCGAAGGCGUCGGGCCGCAGCGAGGUCCGGUCCCAGUCGUCGUCGGAGGGGAUGAUCAGAUGGUAGCGCCGUCUGGACACGAAGUGGUGGCUCCAUCCUGCCGCCAUGGUCGCCACCGUUGGAGUUCACGUCAGAACCGAUGAUAUUGGGAUUUCAGAAGAACAGGAUCGACACCAUCCAUGGAGAGGACAGGUGGGGGCGUGAGAGGAACACCCUAGAGAGGUUCCCUCGAAACAGCAAGAAGCUCUAACCCGUCCUUGUAUACGAAGGAUGAUGGUAGAAACCCUAACCAGUUUCUUGCCUUGAUUCAACAGCAAGGGAGGCAAAAGAAAAGGAAAGUUCGGCUCACCAGCGCAGCGGCAGUGAUCGCACAAGGGGUGGGAUGAGAGGGAGACGUGCUCCUCGACGACGUAGAACGGGAUGACGGCGCCGGUCUUCUCGUCUACAAGCAGCGUGCACCAAGUUGUCGUCCCCCUCAAGCUGUGGCCUUCAAUCUCGGCGCACUCCCGGAUGAAGGCGCGGAUGUUGUCGCGAAAAGCGCCGCAGAAGUCCACCGGGCACCCCGGAUCGGCAAAGGUACGAAGGCCGUAGACCCUAGGCCUCCGCCUUCCCACAGCGUGGAGAUCGGCGGAGAUCAUCUUCCCCGCCGGCCGAGACUCCCACCUCUCCCAUGAUUGCUGCAUUGGGAAAUGGAAAACCGAGCAGAGGACGGCGGCGCUCUCGCCGCCUCCUGCUCCCUCGCGUUCUCUCGCCGCCGUUGAUCCCGCAGGUGGCUGUAAAUUGGAGCUCUCAGGUCGAGAGAGAGAGAGAGAGAGAAUUACAUAGAGCGAACCAGAGAGAGGAGAGAUUGACGAGCUUCUUCCAGAUGAGCGAGAGAGCGAGCCAGGAGAUGGACUAACUUCUUCUUGCUCUUCAGCUCAGGGGGGAGGUCAAUCUAACGACCUCAUCAGUUUGUUUCAGUUAGUUUAAACCAGUUGCAAGGCGGCGGCUGCGCAACUCCACAUCUCCUCUCCGUCCACUGGCGGCCGAGUUCUGGUUCUUCUUACACCGGACAGCCAUUUUGACUCGGACGACUCGGCGGAAGAACGCUUUAGCUUCCCGGUGGAGUCCCGAUUCGGCCUUCCGCUCCGGUCUCGGGUCGCAGCUGGCGGCAGCCAGCGGCACGGCGUCAACUCCAAACAGGAAGACAUCUCCAGGCCCCCACAGGGCGGCGGGCACCGCUUCCUCCUCCGGUGAGCUUGCUGCCACUUAAACUCUUCAUUCUCCCCUGCUCCGUCCUCCCUCGAAGGUGCUUCACACUGUGUGGGAACAACUCCAUCAGAUUCAUGGCUCCGCCAUCUGCAGGGGGAAGCAUUUGAAGGGUGUUCAUUGCCGUGAGAAGCAGGUUCUCUUUCCAUGGAGAGCUCGCCGCCCGAUCGAGGACUCUGCGGCAUCUACUGCGGUCUUGCCCUGGUGAGUGGGAAUUGUGGUUUCACAGCUAGGAUUCUGAUGUCUAUCUCCACGCUAGAUUUUUCCUUCAUGCGCCAUAGAUUACGUGGAAGAGAACAAAUAAAGGCUGGAGAAUCCAGCCUUCCUCUCCCAUCUAGAUCUGAGGUUAUAAUUUGAAAGAGAGAUUGAGUAACUAGUAAAAAAAUUCUUGUCAUGGCUAGGGAUGUUUGUGGGUCAGCUUGUUAGUAGGAGCAUGAGUGAUAAUUCUCUGAUCUAGUAAUUGAGAUUUUAUUUUUUAUUUUCGUAUAAUUUAUCCUAGUCAUAUGAGUUGAUUUUAAACAAAAGAUAUAAUUAUUUUAGUGUACUGCGGGUAAGUCAAGGAGUUCUUUUCUGUUUCUCUCAUAUUGCUUCUUCUUUUCGUUUGUACGAUUGAGGAUCAUUUGGUCUUUCUCUUCACUUUCUUUCUUUCUUUCUUUUUCAUUUGACCAGGAUCUUCUAGUAUUCCUCUUCUUCUCUCCUUCACAUCGUUCUUCAUAAUCAAUAAGGGUGGGUUAAAUUGAUCUUAGCCUUUUUUCUUUCUUUCUAAAUCAUUCACUAUGGGAUGUACGAGAUUUAAACUAGGGAUCAGCUUCUCUCUUUUUUGACACACUAUUUUAUGACUCAUAUGGAUUUAUAGUGGUUCGGCACACUACCUUUGUCCACUCUUGGGUUCUACUAUCUCAUACGGUUUGAUAAAUGAAUAUUUGAUAUCAGCCUAAUGAACCCUAAUUAAAUGCAUGUAACUUAGUUAUAUUCUAUGUCAUCUGCAAUAUGAUUUAAAAGUUGAAUUAUAUGUAAUUAAUUAUUUUCCGUCAAUUGCUCACUAGUUCUAUGUUUAAAUGCUGAUUAUAAUGUAUUUGACUCCAUGAUUGUAUCAAACCUUACAUACUACACAUAUCUUGAUUCUAGAUUAUUGGAUUUUAGUUUGAUGUCUAAAUUCCAAUGAAGAAAAAUGACCUUCUAUGUUUUUUGUUGAUUUUUAUCGUUAAAAAUGUUUCACUAUCUUAUUUUCCUUUAAAAAAUAUUAAUAAUAGAAUAUUGGUUAUAAAUUUCAUAAUAAAUUAGACUCAUGGAAACAUUCUUCAUUAUUUCCUAAGAUAAUCUUUUUACAACUUCCCUAGGUGAAAAAUAUCAACACCUAGCCAUAGACUGUAAACCUUAAAACCUAAGUCUUAUUAUGAAAUCGUGAUUUUAAGAUAGACCAUGCAUAAUUAGUAAUGAACUUUAUAACUUGAGAAAACAACCACUAAUCUUAAGUACACUUGAAAGCAUGAACCAUUUUGCACCAUUUUGAAUUAGGAAAACGUUUAGAUUUAGGGAAGGCUACCAUAUUAAAUCAACAUUUUUAAAGGUUAGAAUAUUAAAAUAAUACCUUAAAAAUAAAAUAAAAUAAAAUACUUCCAUAAUCAUCUUUUACCCACCCACGCAUAAGCUUAAGGCACAUAUUAGAUUUAGUCAACUUGUUGUUUAAUUUUAUUUACUGAUCAUAAAUAACUAAAAAGAAUAAUCCACAAAGAGAUUGAAAAGGAUAUAAUUUAGAAUCAUAAUAGAAUUGACUCAAGCCCUACACAAGUAGACUCAUAGGUAGACUCAUGUGAGUAGAGUCAUUGAAUCAACAUUACUAUCACAUGAUCACAAAUGAGGAGAAAGAGUCCCCAUAAAUGAUUUAGAAUCAUAAAUAAUUAUUAUCAUUUUCUAUUUUGGAAUGUACUAUAAAGAAAUUUAGUGUAGAUAAUGUCUUAAUUAUUUGAGUGCUAACAUGUCUAAGUAUUCUAUCACAAAAAUCUAGUUCAUGUCAGUUGUGGUUAGUUAUAAGGUAUGCAUUAUUAUUUAUAAUCUCAUUCACAAUAAUGAUGUAACCAUUUAAAAUUAAUUUAAUUAUUAUUAUUAUUUUUUGUGGUAUUUGAAGAAAUCAACCAAUAGCUAAUUUAUAAUUUUACUUACAAUUUAUUAUUACAUAAUUAAUUGGUUGGUCUUAAUCAAGUUAUAUUUUAAUUAUUCUAUAAAUAAAAUAUUGUUAACUAAUAUAUCAUCUACAAUAUUAAUGUUUCAAUACUAUAUGAUUCUUUAUCUUUGUUGUUUGCAAGGAUAACUUUACCUCCACCUAUUGGGUUCAAUGAAGAAAACUAUUUCUUUUCUCUAGUCAUGUCCUGAUUGUUAGCCAUCCAAUUGUCACCUUGAUGUGGUCAAGUUAUAUUCAUUUCGUUUAAAUUUUAGAGCCUUUGGUAUCUUAAAUUGAGUUUUUUUCUUUAUAUUAGAUUAUAUCUUUUAAAACUCUUUAGAUACUAAAGCAAUACCUUCAUCUUCUUCAAAGCUAGACUUAACUAUUAUUCUAUAUUGCUUAGAGGCUGUAGCUUUCAUUUUCUUUUCUAUUUCAAGUUUUCCCCAAAUAAAUCUAUUUCAUAAGUUAGUAAAGAUCUCAUUAAUUCAUAAAAUGAUACUUUAUUUAUAUCCUUUCAUUCUUCUAUGCUAGUGAGCUUGGGUUUCAAGCACUAAGUUAAUGAUUUGAAUAUAUUUUUAUUUUAUUCAGUAUUUAUGUAAUUUUUUAUUGAGCUUUUUAAUAUAUUUUAAAAUCAUUAAAUGAGUAAAUAUACCAUUGAUAAACUCAUUUCUAUUCUUUUUAAAUGACUCAUACUUUUGUACCAAAAUGUUUAUUUUGAUAUUAUAGACUUGAGAAGUCCUCCUAACUUCAAGUUUAUCUUGAAUUUCUUUAUAUCUCACAACUCAAAAUUUUAUUUAAUUUCCUAGAAUCUAAGCCACAUAAUAACAUGUUUAUAGCCUUUGCACCUAAUAUAGUACUCUCUUCUCUUUGAAGAGAUGUGUCAAUAUGCUCGUUUUAAGGAAUCCAAGAGAUAUUUUCAAAGGCCUUACGUGCACUAAAAUUGGUUGCUUUAAUGAAUAUCUUCACACUAGUCUUUCAAUAUGUAUAGUUUGAUUCAUUGAAUAUUGGAGGCCAUUGAAUAGAAUCCCCUUCAUCAAAUGAGCUUCCUAAAGAGUUUCAUGGAUUUACUUAGUAAUUUGUUUAAAUCUUUGGUAAGAUAGGCUUGUAUAUCAUAUAUCUAUUUUUUUGUCUCCUAGGUUUUGGUUUUACAUACAUUGACCUAUGGGCAACACAAUUUAUUUCUUUUAAAGUGAGUCAAUACAAACUUUAGUGUUAAUACAUGUCCAUUCUCUUUGCUACAUAAAUAUCUUUCUCUACAAUCAAUUGAAAGGAGAUGUUAAGAAAUAAAAAUGUGAAAUAAAUAAAACCAAAAGUAUGCCUAACUCAAGGCAAAAGAAAGUUGUGUAUUAAUUUUUCUAAAAUAUGUUUCAAUGCCAAAGAAAUAUUUUAUUUUGUGAAUUUCAUAUUUUUAUAAAAACUUCUUGUUAGUGUUUGAUAAGUCUUCAUUAUCAUGAGUUAAUAAUUAAUAAUUAAUAUAAUUUUAGCUUGAACUCAUGAUAAAUAUACUUAUAUUUAUGUUAAUUUAUAAAGAGUAGUUUUAAGCUGGUUAAUGUGAUUUUUUGGCUAAUUAUGUGAUUUCAUAUGAUUUUAUAUGAUUUUUAUAAUCUUAUUUUUGAGAUAAAUAGAAAAAAAAGAAAAAAGAAAAGAAAAAGAGAGGACUCAUCGACCACUCGAGCCCGCAAGCAAGUUGGAAGUGCAGUCGAGGGGGAGCUCGCCACUCGCCUUCCAUGUCACUGGUGGGUAGCAAGUUGUGGGGCAAGUUGUGAUCGUAUAAGUGAAAGAAUGAGACUCAUUGCUCCAGAUGCAAUCAAGAUCCUACUCUUGUUACACGGACUUGAAGAUGAGGCUCCUUGACACGUGCCUCACCUCUAUCUAAUUCUUCUUCAUCAGGUGAUAGCUGCUAGAGAGCCACAAAAUUAUUAUUUUUCUACUCCAUCGGAUGAUAGUCGUUGAAGACGAUUCAACGACUCAUUUUAUUGAUCUCUAGAUUUUGCAAGAAGAUCUAGAGAUUGCUCACAUCGUCCUUGUCUAAGGAGAGUCUUUAAGCCCGUGAACACUACAUGAUAUUUUUUUUGAAUGCUUAGUAUUUUGUUGUAUUGUCGAUGUAUUGUCACUGCGACGCUGAAACUCUAUUUUCUUACUUUUAACUUAAUUUUCACUUCAUUUAGUGAUAAUUUAUGUGAUUUAAAUUUAUUAAACUAUUCUUCAUUUAAUUAUGAUUCUUUUGACUUUUACAAAUCUUAAUUUGAUCAAUUAAAUUGUCUAGAUUUACUUACAAAAGAAUUUUCAAGUAGAACUUUAUUUCUAUUCAAUUUGCGUUCGUCAGGUGCUAAUGUCAUCAUGACGUCCGCACUUUAUUUUCUUUUUUUAUAAAUUUUAAAAAUAUUUUAUUUUCAUUUCUUUAUCUAAAAUUUAUAACAAAUCGUAUUCUUUGAGGAAAAAAUUUAAAACUUAUCUGAUAUUAUAAUACAUCUCUAUGGUCGAUUUGGAAAUUUUUUAUUAUUUUUGAAAAUUUUAUUAAAUUAUAAUUAAUAGAUUUAUUUAAAAAUAUUCCCAAAUAUUAUAACGACUAAUUUUAAAUUUACGUGAUUUACUAUACAACGACUAAGUUACUUCAGCGUGUCUACCUAAUUUCUCACCCCUUCUUGUGAUAGUUUUAAAAACAUGAACAAGUAAAGAGUCACCUUGGAAAGGCAUGGAGGAGCUUAGUAGUAGAAAAGAUAACAAAUGAAGGGGCUUACUAAUAAUAAAGACAAGGCAUGGAUUGAUGAAUGAAAGAGCCUGAUCUUAUUGAGCUUGGUGUGUCAACCCACCCAAAAGGGUGGAGGCACCACAUCUUGAGUUGACCUCUUAUUGUUUAAAUAAGCACAUUGUUUCCAUCUAUGCAUUACCAUUUUGAGUAGCUUUAGAACCUUAUUAUUUUAUUUCUUUCCAUUGAGAGCCAUACAAAUCUUAGCUCAACUUCUCAAGCACUAGUUUUUGCAUUCAAAAUCUUAUAUUGGAGGAUGUCAAAAAACCCUUAGCUCAAAAAUGAAGCCAUGAAUUCUUUUAGCAUUUAGAGUCUCAUCAAUCAAAAUCUUGACUAGUGGACAUUGAAAAGCCUUGAGCUCCAACCUGAAGCCUUGAACCCAUAUAGCAUUCACAUAUCUACUAAAUCUAUGGCAUGAUGCUUCACCACCCUAUCAUAGCUCCCCUAUCCAAUUCUCUUCACUUACACUUGGAAUCGCCCAACCCAACCACUCCUCUACAACUUCUCAUCCUCCUACACAAUUAUCAUCUACUAAUAUAGUGCUACUAACAUUACAAAGCAUUAUUGGUUUGCCUCAUACCCACUCAGCCCAAUAUGGUAAAGCCAAUCCUUUGGCCUAAUAGCAACACAUAGGCCAAAAACUACUCUCAUGUCACUGCCUAUUUCCUCUUUCCCAAUGCUAGUUCCUCAUGUAGGCCCAUAUCAACAAGAGGCUCAAAAUAACAUUCACACACAACUAUUUCUCAUCUUGAAAUAUUGUAUGUUUAAGAUCCUUUACUUUAAUCAUUAACUUCUUUCAAAUAAAAUCAUUUACCUCCCAUUCCUUUAUUUGCAAGUCAUUAAUUUAAAUUUUCUUAAUGAAACUUUGUGAUGAACCCACUUAUUUAUCAUUUGUCUUUGUAUAUAAUGAGAUAUUUCCAAACAAGAUUGUUAGUCAAUCUCUAACAUUCAAUGCAUAACUCUUCCCCUUGUGAAUGAUAUACCAUUUUCUUAAUUUUCUCAAAUCUCUAACAUUUGAAUUAACCUAUUAAAAUUUUACUAUUUAAUAGUAUAAGAGUAUUGAAAUACAUGAUACUUUGAUGAUAAUAAACUAGUUUAAAGAUCAAUCGAAAGAUCGAAUAAAGAAUAUUCAAAUAUAUCUCAAAAUAUUAUUAGUAAAAGUUUAUAUGAGAACUUAACAAACUUAACAAGUAUAUUCGUGACCCAUGAUGCUAAACUACUUAAUUUGACUAAUUUUAACAUGAAAAACUAUUAUUUUUUAUAUUAUUGUGAAAAUUACUAAUAUCUAUAUAAAUUUCUAUAGUAAGAAAAAAGAUGAUAAAGUCAGUCAAAUCAAUAUGAUUUUGUGAAGUAAUAUAUGGGUAUUAAAGUUUACUUAGUUGUGUAUAAACCUAUGAUUUUAUAUCAUAAGUUAUGAAAGGUUUUGACCUCAAAUUAACAAUGUAUUUAGUUUUUAUAUUUAUAACAAAUAUGAUUUUCUAAGUAGUACUGAAUAUAUAAUAUUUAAGUAUAUCUCAAAAUAUAUGCAUGAUGAGACAUCGAACAUAUAAUGUUCAAAUAUGUCUCAAAAUAAUAUGAGUAAAAGUCUAGAUAGGAACUUAACAAGAAGUAUAUUUGUGACCCAUGAUGCUAAACUAGUUAACUUGACUAAUUUUAACAUGAAAACUAUUAUUUUUAUAUUAUUGUGAAAAUUACUAAUAUUUGCAUAAAUUACCAUAGUAAGAAAAAAGUUGAUAUAGUCAGUCAAAGUAACAAAAUUUAAUGAAGUAAAAAUAUGGGUAUGAAAUUUUACAUAGUUGUGUAUAAACCUAUGAUUUCAUAACAUACUUUUUGAAAAAUAUUGGCCUCUAAUUAAUAGUGUAUUUAGAUUGUAUAUUUAUGACAAAUCUGAUUUUCUAAAUAGUAUCUAAUAUAUAGUGAAAAUCAUAUUUAUUUGGUGAAUCAUUAAGGUUAUGA